GGACCAAGAGGGUCACAUGACUCCCGGCCCGGAAGCGCUCAAGCAGGAGACCCCUCGGGUGACCCGGGCCAAGGCUGCUGACGGGAGCGGACCCUCGCGUCCGCCGCCAUGGCCUGGACCAAGUACCAGCUGUUCCUGGCGGGGCUCAUGCUCGUCACCGGCUCCAUCAACACGCUCUCGGCCAAGUGGGCGGACAAUUUCACAGCUGAGGGCUGCGGAGGGAGCCAGGAGCACAGCUUCCAGCACCCUUUCCUCCAGGCCGUGGGCAUGUUCCUGGGGGAGUUCUCCUGCCUGGCUGCCUUCUACCUGCUCCAGUGCAGAGCCGCAAGGCAGCCAGACUCCAGGCCGGACGCCCAGCAGCCCUUCAACCCACUUCUUUUCCUGCCGCCAGCCCUCUGCGACAUGACAGGGACCAGCCUCAUGUACGUGGCCCUGAACAUGACCAGUGCCUCCAGCUUCCAGAUGCUGCGGGGCGCAGUGAUCAUAUUCACAGGCCUGUUCUCCGUGGCUUUUCUGGGCCGCAGGCUGGCACCGAGCCAGUGGCUGGGCAUCCUGGCCACCAUCGCCGGGCUGGUGGUCGUGGGCCUGGCCGACCUGAUGAGCAAGCAUGACAGUCAGCACAAACUCAGCGAAGUGAUCACAGGGGACCUGCUGAUCAUCAUGGCCCAGAUCAUCGUUGCCAUCCAGAUGGUGCUGGAGGAGAAGUUUGUCUACAAGCACAACGUGCACCCACUGCGGGCGGUGGGCACCGAGGGCUUCUUUGGCUUCCUGAUCCUCUCCCUGCUGCUGGUGCCCAUGUACUACAUCCCCGCCGGCUCGUUCAGCGGGAACCCUCGCGGGAUGCUGGAGGACGCCCUGGACGCCUUCUGCCAGGUGGGCCGGCAGCCGCUCAUCGCCCUGGCACUGCUGGGCAACAUCAGCAGCAUCGCCUUCUUCAACUUCGCGGGCAUCAGCGUCACCAAGGAACUGAGCGCCACCACCCGCAUGGUGCUGGACAGCUUGCGCACCGUGGUCAUCUGGGCGCUGAGCCUGGCGCUGGGCUGGGAGGCCUUCCACCCGCUGCAGAUCCUCGGCUUCCUCAUCCUGCUGACAGGCACGGCGCUCUACAACGGGCUGCACCGCCCGCUGCUGGCCUGCCUGUCCAGGGGCCGGCGCCCCGCCGAGGAGGGCGAGCACGAGAGACUGCUGGGGGGCGGCCGGACUUCCAUCAACAGUGCCAGCUGAGCCCCUGCUGGGCCUCUGCUGCCACCCGUGCCCCUCGGUCACCCGGAGCCUGAGGCCCUGCCAGCUGGCGCCCUGCCCCUCCCUGCCGACCCCCAAGGCGGCUGCUCCCACCAAGGUGACCCAGCUCGCAGUUCUUCCUGCCGCCGCAGGCCUGGGUGCAGUGAGCGACCCCAGCCCUCCCAGGCCUCCUGCAACACUAGAGCUAAAUGAGGAUGUCAGAGUCAUAAAUUAGAUCGUCAUUAUAGGUCACCUAGUUUAUGGUUCAUAGCAAAAUUUGAUUCUCCAAAGAGAAGUCAGUGAGCAAGCUGAAGGCAGAACUGAGCACUGUUUGCCACAACGUGUGAGGGACUCCCUAACCCUGUCUGUCCCGACACUGCGGUCCAGCCCCGCCCCUGCCCACACCCCGCAUCAACUCCCCAGUGCGUACCUGGUCGCUCUGGAGAGAGGCAGCCAGGGCGGUGGCCUCGGUGCCUUCUGACCCAGCCUUCCGUGGGCUUUGGUUGUGUGCAGCCUGAGAGGAGAGCCCGCGACAGGGAACUGUCCCUUGGCCCACACCCACUGCGCUCAGCCUGUCCUUGCUCACCCCCUCGGGGCCUACCUGCCCGGGAGACCUUCCCGGGGGCUCCAGGCACCCUUUGUUAGCAGCUUGAACCCUUUCCCUUCCAUCUCAAAGACAGAGAAACUGAGGCCAAGAGUUGUGGGUGGUUUGGCCAGAGGGGUCUCCUGGGGGAGCCUGAGGCUGGGCAGCUCACGUUUCCGCCACAGGCUGGGAUGCGACACAUAUCUGGAGCCCGGGCCCCGCCCCCCGGGAUCCUGCCACUGAGGGUGAUGCAGGGUCCCAGGCAUUGUGCUAAGUACUUGACUUUCAUUCUUGCAGCCUUCAGAGGUGGGUCUGGGUAAGGAAACCAGGGCCCAGCGACUUGUCCGUGUCCAAACCUGUGGGCCCACCGCCCACAUCGUCCCUGCAGGGUCCCCCAGGUGGGCCAGAAACCUCUUGUGCAGUUGUCCUCCAGCUGCCUCCACCCCACAGAGCAGGAUGGCAGCCGUGAUGGAAGUGGGGCUGGGGGCUGUUGCCGCCAGCUGUUUCGCUGGGCAGCUCAGCAGACACCGGACACCUUAAAGGAGACUCCAGGGCGGGGGCUAUGGCCAAGUGAGGCGCUAGGGUUGUGUGUGGCCACAGCAGGUUAGUAGAGCUUGCCCGGGGAGGGUGGCCUUGCCAUCCUACCAGUCCUGAGUCCCAGGACCCCUGCGCUCCUCUGGACCACGGCACGUGUCACAGGAAUGUGAGUGGACAGUGAGGGUGGUGGACACUACAGUGACCUUGUCUAAAAAACUGGGGCCUCAGGAUGUUGUUUUAUACUUUAUAUUUUUAAAAAAUUGGAAAUAUUAGUUUUUUUAA